AGGCCCCACAUUGGGAAUGGAGUCUCCUUUAAAAAACUAAAAAGAUGACAGAACUUGUAAAUUAAAUCAGGGAGCAUUUUCUGAAUUUUCACUGCUGCCAAUUUAAAUGUAAAUUAAUUUAUGAGAACAGAAAGGAUUUGGAGGAGAAAUGCCAGUGGAGCAAGAGUAGAUUACGAUUACUCCCUACAUCUUCAGGUCUCUUGGUUUAUUUGCCAGAAGACACACAUACUUCUGGCAAAUAAACCAAGUUGCUUGAUUUAAAUGGUGGGCUCAGAGGGUAGGGCCAUGAGCUUCUAUAAAACUUCAGUAACAGCGGUCCCCUGGUGAUCGGCAGUCAUCACACUGCUCCUGUGACUUAAGGAACUCACUUUAUCUUCCAGCAAGACUUUUCUUAAGCAGUGUUCCUUGCUUAAGAGUUCGGGCUCUGGGUCCAGAUUGCCUGGGUUUAAAUGUCUGCUCCACCAUUUACCUCCUUGGCCUCGGACUUAACUCUUUUCUGAAUCUGUUUUUUCAAAUGUGAAAUGAGGCUGCAAGGCUGUCUGUUUCGUAGGAUUGGACUGUUGGGGGAAGGAAAGGAAGUAAUGCUUCUGGAGCACAGUGCCUGGCGUACGGUGCGUGUCCUGUCAGUGCCGGCUGUUAAUUUCUCACGUGUCUUGCCUGUGUGCUUCUUUCAGCUCACUGCUAUGGACAGUGCGAUCACCCUGUGGCAGUUCCUCCUUCAGCUCCUACAGGAGCCUCAGAACAAGCACAUGAUCAGCUGGACCUCUAACGAUGGGGAGUUCAAGCUCUUGCAGGCGGAAGAGGUGGCUCGUCUCUGGGGGAUUCGUAAGAACAAGCCUAAUAUGAAUUACGACAAACUCAGCCGAGCUCUCAGAUACUAUUAUGUAAAGAAUAUCAUUAAAAAAGUGAAUGGUCAGAAGUUUGUGUACAAGUUUGUGUCUUACCCAGAGAUUUUGAAAAUGGACCCCCUGACCGUGGGCAGGACCGAGGGAGACUGUGAGGUCGUGAGCUGUAGCGAGGUGGGCAGCGGCUCCAGGGACGCCGAGAGCGGGGGCAGAGAGAAGCCCCUGCAGCCCGGGGCCCGGGCCUCUAGCCGCAAUGACUACAUCCACUCCGGCUUGUAUUCUUCCUUCACGCUCAACUCUUUGAACUCCUCCAACAAGAAGCUCUUCAGACCUAUAAAGAUCGAGAGUCCGGCUGAGAAGCUGGCAGAGAAGAAGCCGCCCCAGGAGCCAACACCGUCUGUCAUCAGAUUUGUAACAACGCCUUCCAAGAAGCUUCCGGUUGAACCUGUUGCUGCCGCCACGUCGGCUUGCCCGGGCAUUUCUCCGUCUUCAGAAGACCCUCUCCGAGCCUUGGAGACUUUGGCUUCCCCCAGACUGCCCGCCCUGGAAGCCCCGGCCACUGCCCCCAGUGGCCCCGGCACCUUUGCCGCAUCCCCUGGGCCCUCGGCCUCCCCUUCUAUGCAGGAGCCCCCGAGGACACCUUCGCCACCACUGAGUCCGCAUCCUGACCUUGACACGGACCUUGAGUCAGUGGCAUCACAGCCCAUGGAGCUUCCAGAGAACUUGUCACUAGAACCUAAAGACCAGGAUUCAGCUUUGCUGGAAAAGGACAAAACAAGUAAUUCCUCAAGAUCCAAGAAACCCAAAGGGUUAGAGCUGGCGCCCAUCCUGGUGAUCACGGGCAGCGACCCGAGCCCGCUGGGGAUACUGAGCCCGUCUCUCCCCACAGCUUCUCUGACGCCAGCCCUUUUCUCACAGACGCCCAUCUUGCUGACGCCCAGCCCCUUGCUCUCCAGCAUCCACUUCUGGAGUACUCUCAGCCCCGUCGCUCCCCUGAGUCCAGCCAGACUGCAAGGUGCUAACACACUCUUCCAGUUUCCUUCUGUACUGAACAGUCAUGGACCGUUCACUGUGUCUGGCCUGGAUGGACCACCCACCCCUGGCCCGUUUUCCCCAGAUUUACAGAAAACAUAACCUAUGCACUUGUGGAAUGAGAGAACCGAGGAGUAAAGAAACAGAGAGACAUUCAACACGAUUACCUUUGAAGUGAGCAGUUAAUAGUUCUACAAUGCUAAUAAUAGACUAUUGUGAUUUUUGCCAUUCCCCAUUGAAAUGCCUUUUUAAGAUUCCCUUUGAAUAUGACUCAAGUUGGACUGUAUAUAAAAAUGCCUUAAUUGGAGUCCAAGCUCCACCUCCUUCUUCCUUCCUUCCUUCCUUCCUUCCUUUCUAAUAUUUUGAGCUUUGUGUUCAAUUUUUGGUGGGGUUUAGCAGCUAGCUAUGGUUCGCAAGAGCAGUUAAGAACAAAGUUACUCCUUUUGCCUUACUGGGACCCUUUGGCCAGGAAAACAGUUAUGCUUUGCGUGUAUUAUUUGGAGAAAUGUUAACUGCAGUUGGUCAUAUCUUCACGACUAAGUGUGUUCUCUGGAAAAACAAAAAGUGAGCUGUGCACAAGCAGUGAAGAAAAAGCAGUCAUGCCUGUCCACACACACUGUGGGAGAGAUUCUGUCUGGCUUGAAGAGUAACGUAUGUAAGCAAUCCGCAGAAAAGACCUCUUGCAUCGCGGUGGGUUUCUCAGCUGCAUGUGUGAUCUUGUCUCAACCUGUGAACAGAGCUCGGAGCCUCCUAGUCUGUUGCAACAUAGGAAGGUGUUUUAAACCUGGGGGUUAAGAUGGUGUUUGCAACAACCAGUGAGAGCAGGGGAGCCCGCCUCUAGCAUGGAAGUGCCGUCGGCUCUCUGGGUGAGGUGAUUACACCCCCAUGGUACACAGCCUGGUUAAGUGAUGGCUUUUAGGAGGAAACCGGGUGUUGAAGUCCGGAGGCAUCUCUGAGUAAAACGUUCAGCUGGAUAACUUGAAACAACAUGCGGGGCUGUCCCAGUUAGAAGAGACUUUCUCUUUUCUGUUCGUCUUACCCUAUUUUCUACUGCACGUUUACCUUCUUCUAAACUUCAGGUUGUUAGGGGCUGUGCUAGUUUUAAAGAUGUGAUGAGGAAGACACAAAGCAAGGCGAAGCCUCCAAGUCUAUGGUGAGGUGAAGGUGUGCUUAUUUCUUUGGCAAAGUGUUUUUUAGUGAGAGAGCAGCAGAAUUGGUUUGGAAGCUCAUAUGCAGGGAUUGCAUUGUUCACGUUAGUAGGGAGAAACGGAGGCCUUCCUCUCUCUGUUACCACAUUGAGAAACUUUGACUGCACGGUAAUCAGUGCAGAUGCGGACGAUGCUCUGGAGCCUCCCGACUGAAUCGAUACCAACAUCGCAGUGGAAUUGGUGAAAACCGUGGCUUUUGAAGUCUAGGAUUAGGGGUGCCCGGGUGGCUCAGUUGGUUAAACUACUGCCUCCCGCUCAGGUCAUGAUCCCAGGGUCCUGGGAUCUA